AUGAAGAAACCGGUGCAAGUGUAUGUCACUUCGGUUCUGAAAGCAUGCCGGAAGAACAAUCUCAAUGUCUUCGGCAACACUUCUUCUUCUUCUUCGCCUUCGCCUCCACAACUGAACAUCAAAAGAGUAGCAGCUCCUCCUCCUCCUCCUCCUCCUUCUGUCGCUCUUCCACAACUCCCAAGAUAUAAACCUAAGUGCGACAUGACCAGCGAGCUCUUCUCUUCCUACGGUAACCCUUGCCUUGAUCUGUUUCACAACGUCUUACCAGACGGAUACAUGGAAUUCCACUUUCGUGAUAUCAUAAUGCCGUGCUCCGAAACCGACAUGUAUCUGAAGCAACUGCCGGGUCCUUCGGAAGUUUAA